AUGAUUGAUGAAAACUUACCCACGUUCUUCCUCAAGAAUAACUCAAAACAACCUCAGAUCAGCACAAUAUACCAUAGUCAACAUGGCAAUGACCCCGAACCUGCCUACUCCUUGCGCGCGCUUGACCCCGCCUCCCCAACAUCACAAAACCGCUACGGAGUCGCGCUGUACGACCCUUACGUUACAGACGUUGUUUACGGCGAGGUCGCUGUCGCUCCAGAUUGGACCCAACCGAGUAUGUCGGCAGACGCAAUACGAGCGAAUGGUGGCACUGUACCGCCCCCAGAACCCAUCCUCCCUACCGAGUUCACCAUCCAGCUCUACAACCCCGACCAAGAGAUCACAGUGAAAUAUCAUACCAAAACGUGGAACAAACCAGCCCGGUGGGAAUUUGAGAUGCCGCAAACCACAUUCCGCGUUCCGUCCGCUUCAGCGCUAGACCAGACUCAGAUCGAUCCGUCUCUUGCAGACGUUACUCCGAAGUUGAGGUUCAGCUGGCGCAAGGAUGGGAAGUUGUCGAAGGAUUUGACAUGUCUCUUGCACGGCAAAACUUCAACAAUUCCAGACACGCGCACAAAGAGCCGUGAGCCGGAUAUUACGGUCGCUCUAUUCCAAGGGCUGAAGGAGCUUACUCUCUACGAGCCCAAUCUUCACCGCGUCGAGAUGGAAGAUGCUAAGGGGUUGGAGGUCGUGCUGCUCUUGGCUGCCGUUGCAAUUCGAGAUAUUUUCUUUGGGCCCGCCAAGGAGGCUUUUCAUAUCACCCCCGGUGGGCCGAACCAAGCUCGCAAGCAAGCGGUAGCGCCAACUGCAAUUGCGGCGACGGCCACACCGGCUAGUGAUCCCAGGCUCGAUCGGAACAACCCACAGGCACGACCUCCUGGGCCAGCAAUGAGUGGAAAGCCAUCGCCGCCUCGGCUCAGCAUCCCGAACCCCUCAUCUCCGGCCCCGCAAGAGAGAAGGCGACAGGACGAACUCGCAAGACAGGAAGAGGAGCGACGAAGCCAGGAGGUUCUCGCCGCAGAACAAAAAGCACGGCGUCGGCGGGAGGCGGAAGUCGAGAAAGAAACCAAGCGCCUGCAGCAGUUAUACGGGAAAGAAGAACAACAAGCACGAAAGCAACGACAUACUCCAGCUCCAUCUUCCAGGCCCUACCUGCCACCCCGGCCCACCGGACCCCCUCAAGCUCACUCCCACCAAUACUCUCAAUCCUCAGUCCAACUUUCUUCCCAGCCUCAAGGCCGUCCAUCCCAUCCUCCCCUCCAACAGAAUUCCCACGGCGCACAGGUCCCCACCUUCGCCAAUAGCCCAUACCUCCACGCACCGGGGCGUAUGGAUCCCCGAGCUCAAUCCUCUACCCACCUCAUGCAAUCGCGACCACAACAACCACGCCCGCAACCCCGACCACAGUCCACCGUUGGGUUCCACCAAUAUCCUGCCAGCAGCGGUGCUCUCCCAGCGGCAUCAAGGCCGACACCUCAAGUCCAGCCGAAAAAGAGUAGUUUCUUUGGGUUCCGGCGCAACAAAGAGGAAAAUACUGCUACCAAGCUUGAAAAAAAGCGGAGUUCUAUGUUCUGA